AUGUCCUCGAAGAAACGGUACGGGGCGUAUGGCCGGGCGAUCACUUCACCCGCCCUGCUCUCUUCGUCCGUCGGCUGGACCCGACCGGACGCCACGUCUCAGAUCGACCGGCUCCGUUCUCAGGCGACUUCCCUCAUAGGAAGCCCGCCGCCGCACGAAUACGCAGUUCCGCACGUCAUCAACGGAAACAACGGAACGACGGCGAGCAGACCUCCGGCCGAUCCGAAGCAACAACAGAGAAGCAGGGCGGAAAGGUUGAGACAUCGGAUCAGUGAGCGGAGGACGAAUGCGUACAGUGAGAGAAAAGGUUUUGUGGGUGGGAAGACGAAGAAGACGUUUCAGUGAUCCCUCCGUCGAGCAACGGACGGGACGCGGGCAUCGACGCACUGAUGAACAAGUAUCUGAACAAGUCGAAGGAAAAUGUAGAUGACGGCAGGAAGAGUAGAGAAAGUGAAAAGUUCUAUAUGAAGCAUGGGCACGAAACGAGAAUUUCAGACUCACGAGCACAAGAAUUACUAGCUAGAACUCAUCGCGAAAUGUCGCCCACCAUUGAUUCAUUGAUGAAAAGAUAUGGGAAUGGAACCUCUUCGAGCCACAAGAUAAUAGAUUCCACCGUGUCCAGAAGAGAGUCAAUGGAAAAGGCGGCCGAUUGCGAAAACGACAAUAGCAGGUAAGCUCUUAGAACUAUAUGAAUUUCCAAAUCCGGAAACUCACUCUCCGUUUUCAGAUCACUAGAUAACAAAUCUUGCAAAGAAGCACGAUUAAGUGGCAGUGACGUGAGAAUCAAAUGGGAGGUGAGUGCCGCACGUUUCCAGUUCAUUUCAACCAAUCUGCUGUCAGGUGACCAACCAAGAAGUGAAGCCGACGUCUUCUGUCAAACGGUUCAGUGUGACCAUCGACCCAUCAGGUGAGCCGCUCUUCCUGCUGCCACGUCAUUAUUGUAAACAAGAACAAAGAAUGCCUGAGACAAGCUCUUUUGUUGUCUUUCCGCAUUAAUUCGCUUGCUCCCAGUUGUCCCCUGCUUGUUAAUAUUUUCGGACCGGCUAUCGCUUUAUCACCCAUCUUUUUAUCGGAUUCAUUGGUCCCCAUCCGUCUCAUAUCUCCGUUGCUGCUGUACAACAGCGUUUUACAAAGCGGCUCCCGCGUCUCCCUCUCUCGAGAUUUCAUAUGUGUUAGGGGCGAAUCUCUUCAGUUGUCGGCGUCUUUCUGAUUGCCGUACUCCCUCUUCCUGACUCGGGGGUGUCACCUGCGCUGUUCAGGAGGGAACCUCGACAAAGAGAAAGAAGAAGAAAAAGACGAAGAAGAAGAAGAAGAAGAUGAAGAUGAAGAAGUAUAGAAGAACCCACUCUCGUUUCUUUCUUUUUGCGCCUUUGCUAAUAACAACGGACGAAACAUUUGCAGCCGGAGAAGCGGGAGGGGGAGAAAGAGACGGAGAGAGGUUUGAUCAGUUACGAGAUGAUAGCCUACACGGUUUUUUCGCGGCUCCCCCCGAUCCUCUUCCUUCCAGGCCGCUAUUUCUGUCUCUGAACAUUGGUUUCAUAAGUUUCGCCUUUCAGUUAUAGCUUUAGGGGGUAGCUUACAGUUAGCACAAGAGUUGGACGCACUUAGGUUUAGGUCAAAACAAAACACAUCGCAAAGCUCAGAGCCCGGUGGAGUUUGCUCUCACAGUUCCCGAUCCUUUGAUCUUCUGAAGCGUCGUUUCAGUCCUUUCUGAAAGUGAGACUACUUUGACUACCUACACUCUCCAGAAAACAUCUUUCAAAACAUUUCCACACUUUUACACCCGUCAUCUUUGAAGUUUCGUGCGUUGCCUCCCAUUGACGCAUGUCUUCCUUCCCGCGAAGCCCAUUAUGAUUCAUUGGCCCUUCCGUUUCUCCAUCGAGCUAUUGUUCCAUCCCUCAGCAGACGUUCCUCACACGCAAAUCUUAAUUUCAUUUUUGUUCUUUUUCAUUUCUGUACGCCUGGAUACUUGAUACAAGUGCGUGGUGGCAGAGCAGCCAAGGGAAAGUGUUUGCCGACGGAACGAAGAGGGGAAAAGUUUCACGCGAGAUAGUGAGCUCCCGAGCCCCCGCCUUAACCUAGAGGGGCAGGCCGGUUCCCCUCUGAUUCAGAUCUCGAUCUCUGCUCCUCCGAAAAGAGCAUGAGCCCUCUUUUGUCUGUUCUCUGUUCCCUCCGUUCGCUUUUCGCCUGGUAAAGAUGAUCGAGGCGGGAGAUCAGUUACUGUCUGAAGAGAUAAUAUGUCUCUGAGUUCUAGAUUAGUUAGAAACUCAGUUCUUCGUUUCAAAGAAGAGUGACUUAUGUUCUCCGGUUUUGAACAUUAUAAUUCAACGAAUUGUUUGUUUGUGAAAUGAUUUUCUGUGGGAAUAACGUGGCACCUGCUACAUGAUAAGUCUUUCCGUCAUCAGUGCGUUUCGAAAUAACACGGGACCCGACUUGUUCAUCGGUGCCUGACCCAUUGCCCUCUUCUCUGCUUCCUCUCACCCAUCCACCCUCUCUCUUUCACUCUCGGAUCGUGGGAAGCUCCCUUUCUUCCCGGGCUCCCAUCCCCUUCCGAUAUCGAUUUCCACCUCAAACUUGUUGUUCCUGCCGCUCCGAUCAGAUGACUGAUGACAUCAUCCGACGAAGCGAGUUCUCGUUUCCCAUUUUAUAUUUCGUUCCGUCCUGUCCAUAAAGUGUGCGAGUCCCUGUAAAUAUGAAUGCAUCAGCCCGACUGUUCCAUGUUUAUACAAAAGUUGUACAAUUCUGUGCAGAGUGACCGGAACCCCGCUUCUUUUCAUUCUUCUCCCGCCCGCUCCCACUACUACUUUUCAUGUUUCUACUUGCAGGAGGACGCAUGCCCGUCGGAACAUCGGGCUCUCGAUCGGGCCGUCUGGCGCGUAUCAGCCAAUCCAACAUACGGCCGUUUGGCUCGAAUGGCGGCGGAGCGACGAACAGUUACGGACCCGGUGAGUGUGGGGAGGGGACCCGUGGGACGGGAGUGUAACACGAGCAGAAACACUUGGCUCAAAAACUGAAGGGCCGAUAGGCUUACGAGGCACUGGGCGAAGGGGCAAGUCCGAUGAAUCAAUGGGCGUGAGCGGGGGAAACAGUUGUUCGUGUCCGGUGGUUUCCACUCCCGAUCAUUGUUGGCGAAGAGUACGCAGGAAAGAGUAGAGAUCGAAGCGGAGAAAAUGGUAGAGAAGGAUUCGAGAAUCGGGACUAUUCGGCCGGGACAAUCCACUUGUUCUGUUCAUUCACAAUUGGUUUGUUGGCCCGUUGACACACACUUCUAGUCAAAAAUGCAGAAUUAGUAAUAUGUUGUUUCCGAACAAAAACAAGACAAAUCGUGGCAAGGCCCUUUGCGAAUGAAAACAAAAAGGUCCUUUCGUGGCCAGCUGGCGACCCCACUGGCGCUCUAAUUUGCUCAUAUAUCUCGAUCCUGCUGAUGUCUUUUCCGUUGCUCGCCCCCCUCAACCCACUUCUUUUUUUGACUAGGAACUCCCUGGAGAAGCGGGUUCUGAGAGCCGCCCGUUUUAUUGUCAACUUGUUGCUCUUCUCACUGCCAAAAAUGAAGAGAGACGCUCGCAAAAAAGUUUCUUUUUGGACAAACUGACACCCGCAAAAAGCGGAAGAAGAGGGGAAAAGAAGAGGCGGCCGGAAAACGGAGGGCACCCGAAAAAGUUUAUGAGUCAAGAGUUGGGCACAGAAGACGUCAUCCUCCAGGACGACAUGAUUUCCAUUCUUGUUGCUAAAUUCAAACUACAGUCAUCUUUCUCAUUCUUUGAAAUUCCUGAUGCAACUCAUACAUCAAGAAUUCGAAUACAAUUAUACAUAAAGAAGAUAUUUUUGAAACUUUUGCCAGUCGUAAAGUGCCUCUCGAAAACGAUCAUGUCUUAACCAUAUGGCAGGACAUUUUAUAACCAUAUCAUGCCAGUUUUCUCUCUUUCGAUUCUCUCUUUCUUUCCGUUCCAAACACUAUAAACUUGUGCCGUUUAUCGUUGGACUCUUUCUCACUCGUUCUAGUCUCGGAUCCAUUUCUCACUUGCCCAGUGUUCCUCGGAUGCCGUUGACCUCGUUGCUCUGCAAUGCCAGCAAACUGGUCAAAUGCGUGCGGAGGGCGAUUUCUUUGCAAGACCCCACGGACCGUCAGAUUGACGAUUGCAACAAUAACCACUGUGUGGUGACUCAUGAGCCGACGUGCUCGAAAUACGCAAAUGGUACCUCCAGGCAACUGAAACACCUUUAUUUUCAUUGCCGUUCCAAUUAUUUUGUGUUUACAGGUACCCAUCCGAUGUCGGGACCGGAACCGGGCAGUCCGACCAAAAAGGAAAAGCAUCGGUUCGAGAUCACCAAAAAGCUCGGGUCAGGAACCUACGGAAAAGUGUCGUUGGCCUACGAUCACAAAUUCGAUCGAGAGGUUCGUUUUCUUUUGCUUUUCCAACACUUCGCAUAUUCUCAAAGACGUCAAUCCGCAUUUUAUUGUCGUCGAUUUCACAUCUCUGGGGGAUUCCUCUUCGGAUGUGAUGGGAACCGGAACCAUGAAUGACAUUGAGCAAGUUUUAGGUGGCUGUCAAAUUGAUCAAAAAGAGCGCAAUUGAGAGCAAAGCGGACCUCGUUCGAAUUCGGAGAGAAAUCAGAAUUAUGAGUGCAUUGAAUCAUCCGAAUAUUAUUCAGAUCUAUGAAGGUUAGCAGUUGAAAUCGGUCACUACACUCAAGAGUUUGAAUAUUUCAGUAUUUGAAAACAAAGACAAGAUCAUUUUGGUAAUGGAGUACUCGAGCGGAGGAGAGCUCUACGACUACGUCUCCCGAUGCGGCUCCCUGCCGGAAGCAGAAGCCCGUCGCAUCUUCCGACAGAUCACUUCCGCCGUCCUUUAUUGCCACAAACAUCGAGUCGCACACAGAGAUCUGAAACUGGAGAAUAUUCUUCUUGAUCAGAACAACAAUGCUAAAAUUGCCGACUUUGGUCUUUCAAACUACUUUGCCGACAAAGUGAGUGGAUUUAUUUGAAAUGCUCAAAAGUUUACUUAUUUCAGAAUCUGCUCACAACUUUCUGUGGAAGUCCUCUGUAUGCGUCACCUGAAAUCAUCAACGGAACACCGUACAAAGGUCCAGAAGUGGAUUGCUGGUCCCUGGGAAUCCUGCUGUACACCCUCGUGUACGGCAGCAUGCCUUUCGACGGACGCGACUUCAAUCGGAUGGUCCGGCAGAUCAAAAGAGGUGCUUACUUCGAGCCGGAGACUCCUUCGACCGCUUCGAUGCUCAUCAGAAACAUGUUGCGAGUGAAUCCGGAAAGGAGAGCAACUAUCUUCGACAUCGCCUCCCAUUGGUGGCUCAAUCUGGAAGAGAACAUGCCAGUCAUUCAGGAGCUGCCGGAGAAUCAGAUCGUGGAUCACACUCCGUUGACGGAAAGAGAAGAGACGAUGAUCGUGCAGGACUUGGCUGAUGAGCAGGACGUCUUCAUGGAGUUCGGACAUCUUUCCUCAGAGACAAGACGAAAGAUCGAAGAUUUCCGAAGAAGAAGGAAAGAGGCGGAAGAAUUCAAUGACAACUCGCCAGUGAAGCCUCCGAAGGCAAGAAAGACGGAUGAACUGACCGGAAGAGUGAUGAAGGAGCAGCCGGAGGAGAUGAAAAUGGCGGAGAAGUCAUUGAGAGGAAUCAAGGAGGAGAAGCCGAAGACAGUGGAUCCGAACGAUCCGCUGGAGAGACUCAAGCAGAUUGAGAACAGAUUGGGACAGAAUAAGAAAGAAAAGGAGGUGAGGAGGUUUUAUUAGAGGAAUCGGUGCAUAAAUUGGCAGUAACCGGUAUGAGCCAGAUGAGAAACAAAACGAGAAAGCGAAUAUGAUCAUUUCACUUUUUGGCUGCAUCGUGACAGUCCUGAAUGCACUUGAGAGACGUCGUCUUCAACUGAAUUGACGUGAAUUCCGGGUGCUGACGCAUCGUAUCCAAGUAGCUGUCGGCGCAUUGUUCGGCGCACGUCAUCUGCAAUUUUGAAGCUGAUCAUCUGAGCUUGCGGGGUGGACUCGGUCGUUUGUUUACCUCGGCCAGUCCGAUCGAGAUCAGCAGCAAUAAAAGGAUCAGAAGCGGAGCGAUUGGUUGGGAGUUUGACCUCAUGUCUACAAGGGUCAGCGAACACGUAGGCCGAUUAUACGGGCGAAGGAUCGCGCUGAAUUGGGAAGAAUAUAUUGGAGUUCAGAGAGGGAGGGCGUGGGACUUGAGGACAGAUUUAUGUCACUGGUUUCAAGAGAAUCAACUGUUUCACCUGAUUAUCUUAGUUAGAAUUCGAGGGAUGAGAUGACAAUCGAGAAAAAGAGAAAUAGAGAUGAUGAGAAUCACAUGAGAGAACAUUCUUGUGUGCAUUGGGCUGGGAAAACUGAACAAUAGUCGAGAAAAGAACGAACUUCGAGCGCCUCUAAUUAGGAGUUUGCUUUGUGAGUGUCACGGUGAUUUCUUUUUGGGGUCCGGAGGUUUCUCCCCUGGCCCCGCGCCCACUAGGCCAAAACAGGUUUUUCAGAUUUUUCUCAAAAUUUGACCGUUUAAUUCUUAAUCAUAAGAAAAAGUAGGUUCCGACCGGUUCACUUUUGGUACCAAAAGCAUCAUCCGACAAAUCAGAUUUUCUUUCAGGCCGCUGCGUCGGCACGUGCUGAAGUCGUCAAACAGAAAGAGGAAAAGAAGCAGAAGUCGCCGGAGCAACAGCCAGAAGACCCGAAGACUGCCAGAGGGUGAGUUUUGACGCUGAAGUUUCUAGGGAAGAGCAGGUGAAAAUGGAAAGAGGAAAGAAGGGAUUGCGUUAGCUGCUGACGUCUGACAUAUAGAUUUAGUAAGCGGAAAGUCAUAGAUAGGGACGCUAGAAGAAGCUUAUCGCCGAAUUCGCUCAAAAACAGAAAGCCAAGGUUUUCUGUUUUUAUUUCACUCGUGAUAUAGGAAAACUCUCUAUGAUUGCAUUUAACAUCUAUCAAUAUGAUAUAUGAUAUAUCAUCACAUUUUAGUUUUAUAAGCUUUCGGCACAACCUAGAUUAAUGCGAUAUUUCGUUGCCAGAAAUUCAGACAAAUUUGUACAAAUUGCAUUUUAGCGUGAAAAAUCAAAGCGGACGACGGUAUUAAAAUGCAAAGCUUUCGAGAGUAUUUAUUUUAUUAAUAAAAAUUUUUUCGCCGUUUGUCCGUCCCACGUUCAUUUUUAAAACAAAAACAAUUGAGAAAUUUCGAAAAAAGAAAUGAACACAUGUACUUUCGAACGGUUGUGAUAAACAAACAAGCGGCGAAGCCGCUUCCGAGCGUUAGGGUUCAAAAGUCUUGUAGAAUAGAAUAAAUAAAUAAAUGAAAAAAUCACAAAAGAGGCGCAUUCCCAACAAAAUGGCCGCUGUCGUCAGAUUACUGUUAAUAACCCUUCCCACCCGAUACACUUUGAUCUCUUUUACGGUUUCGCACUGGCCGAAAGUAACAAAUCGGACGGGCACGGACAACGCAAAAAAUGGCUGUUGCAGCCGGGCGAGCGCAGCUAUACGGAUUAGCUUGGGGAAACAGAGACUGGGGAGACGGGCGGCCGGUUACCUGGAGACGGCGUACACGAGCUCCACAAACGAACAAACUCAUUGCAGAUCCUCGAAACCAGCGGACUCCCGGGCACCGUCAUUCGUUCCGGUCAUGGAGAAGCCAGUGGCAGAACCCGCGGAGCCGGCGAGACCGAGAACAAGACCGCAUCUGACGGCGAGCGCGUAUAGAAUUGAGACGGAUUCGCUCAAUAUGCUCAUGAACCAAGUGCUCGAGCAGAUGGAAAAGGGACCCGUCAACUUGAACAUUAUCGCCAGAAUCAAGGCGCAUCCGUUGUAUGACACGAGACCGAUGGUCAAGGUCAGUCUGUAGAGAUGGAAAUAAUCAAAUAAAAUAUUUUUUAGGAACUUUUGGAGAGCAUAAUCGCCGCACAGCCGGAGCCAGUUCAGAAGCAGGCAAGCCGAGUGAUUGAGCAGGAAAGACAGGUACUAAAGUUGAUGAAGGUCCAGUUAGUGCAGCAUCAUCCCACAUUCCCUCAUUCCCGAGCACUUGGACGACUGAUAACUGUUAUGAUUUCCUAACACUUUACAGACGUUCUCCCGCCAAAACACUCUGACUCGAAAGAAAAAAGAGAAAGAAGAACCGUUGCCGGAGGAGAUUCCCGCAGUUCCAUCGCCGCCGCGCAAGAUGAAGGAGAGACCGUGGCAUUCUGUAGAGGUGUGCAUGAAAUAGAACGGACAGAAAACCCUUAGAACGUGCAUAGACAUGCCCUCAUCCCUUUCUAUUUCAGGUCGGCUUCGAUCCCGAUGAGGAGGCUGAGCAUGAUCGCAUGCAGGAGUCGGUUGCCAGCACUGCGACUGAAGUGACCGUGCAGGACACCUCGUUCGAAGAUGACAGCAGUGAGGAGGAGGAACACAAGAAGACCCCGGUGCCAACGACACCAAAGACUCCGAAGCUGGUUGUAGAGAAUCAAGAGAGUACGACUACGGCAGAAGACGAAGAAAGCGACGAAUUGGACGAUUACAGUGACGCCGAGAUGGAAGAACUGGCCGAUGAAGUCGACAAGAAAGCUCCUGAAGAAGCGAAACGAGCGGCGAUUGUCGAAAGUCUGGAAGCGAAUCCUCCCCCUGAUCCUUCCAGUUCCCCGCAGUUCUUGGACGCCUUUGACAGAGGGCUCAUCAAAAGACAAAGCAAAGGAAAAUACCAGGUAAUGCAGAUUCCUUUCAUCAACAUCUUCUGAAUGCCUAUUCUCUUUUUUGCCCGCUCUCCUUCCACUUCUACUCUUAACUACCACAUCGUUCUCGUUCUUUAGCACACUCUCAUCAAUAACUAUGGUCGUGGAGUGUCGACGGAAUGCGAGUCGCCCACGCAGCAACGCAAGUUCUUCGGCGGUCCGCAACCUUCUGCAGAGCUCUCGCCUUUCCUGUUUGACAAAGCAUGUUUUCCUUUUCUUCUAGUUUCUGCACUGUAUCGUUUAUUGAGACUCCAGUAGAUUUAGAACUAACGGGUGUUCAUUCAGGCAAAGGAAAUCCUUCAAACGUACCCGAAUAACAAACUCGACACGCGUACAAUUGAUGUGGAGCUGAGAAGGAAAUUGAGGAUGGAGAAGGUGAAGGCGGAUUUGUUGAAGCAGCCGAAGGAAGGAGAGAAACCUCGAAACUCGUGAGUCUAUCGUCUCUCACCAGUGCAAAAGAAACACUGCAUUUUAGUUACGUGGGAAGUGUUCCGCCCCGCACUCCUCCUCCGAUCGUCGUCAAAUCAGAUGGAGAAGAAGUGGACGAUGAGGAAGAAGAAGAGGAAGAGGACGAGGAGGAGGUCGAGGAGACUGACUCGGGCGAGGGAUCCGACUUUGAGAACUUCAAGCCAAAGAGGCCAAUAAUUGCAUCCGUGAGAAGAGAUGACGGAGGUGAGUUCCCCAACAGUUUUGCUCUUUUCACUCUAAGCUCACGGCUUCUCCUUCUCGCUGACCCCUAACUCUGUGCUUUCUCUUAUCAGCUGUGGUGCCAGUGAUUCACACAACAAGCGCCCGUCCCGCCGUCGUUUCUCCCAAUCAGAAGAAUGCGCAAUAUCAAGUGACUUCACCAAAGACGUCGACGGUUAUUCAGGCGACACCAGGUGUGUGUUUCUGUUUUUCAUAACUUUCUUCACAUCCUAUUUUCUUUCUGUUGUCUGUUUGUGUUUAUUGGAUUAGUUCCUAACCAACUGGCCUACUUUCAGUGGGAAUUAAGUUCGCAUCCAACUGCCAACCAUUUUCAGAGAAAGUUCCGGUAGCAGGAACAUCUGCUAAGUAUCUGGUUACGGUUGCCGAGUUGAGAAUGAAACCGAUGGAGAAAAAGGAGGAGAACAAGCUGGAAUCUCAGUUGAAAGAGCAGCUGAAAGAGAGUGAAAUCAACCCGGAGAGAAGGUAAGUGCCACGUAGAUUCCCUUGGAUACGAACGGAAGAGUGUCGCCCUGUCCCUCUUUAUGUUCCUUCCAUUUCACUCCGCUCUCUGUUCUCCAGAACUUCGCAAACCAACCUCCUAUUCCGUCCGUCCGCCUAUAUGGCAUCGGAUUUAUACCGCCGGAUAAACGCGUCAGUUUUCCGUAUCACUUAUUCUUGGUUCAGUGGUUGUGUUUGUGAUUGUUUGGAUUAUUCAUCUCGUGGAUGUGGCUGCUCCUAACCCAUUUAGCCUUUUUGGUUCAUUCCAGAGUUACGAAAGGGGCCGCUCCAUCGACUCUUCCGUCUGAUUCCGAUACGAAGGACACGUGGGAGAGUGCUUCCGCCUACAUUCGACGCAAAAAUCGAGAAAGAAGACAACGGAAUCGGACGAUCGGAACUACGGAAGAGGCGCUACGGUUUGGUUUUGUUUUCUGUGAAUCGAGGUGAUUCGAGGUGUCAUUCUCAGUUUCUAAUUCAGUUAUGAAUGGAUGCUUUGGUUGAUAUUUUUGGUCCUAAAAGCUUGAGUCGAGCUCUCACCCACUUUCUCUAUUUUAAGACAAUAAUUUUCAUUUUCAGAGCUCUGGAACGGCCAUCGGUAGAUCCUUAUGAAGGUUCGUGCUCCGUAUCCGUGUGUUCCCUCGAUUCAUUGACACCUUUCCAGAGCGUGCCUUCUCGCCCGUCUCAACGGAUCCGUUCUACUCCCACCACACGUCUGCAUCCGGCGCAGCGUCCGUUCUCGGCUACGUCCGUCCCCGCUAUCACGACGACAGUUACCGUACCCAUCGGGAGAGCGAGUACCGUCCGAUGUCGCCGACCAGCCGAUACGUGAGUAAACGUUGUGUGAAGCGGCAGCCAGAGAUGCCAUCUAAUUAGUCGAAAUGAAGUGGUUCGAACGAACAAUCGCGGCGGCGUGUGAGGAAACAGAGAAAAAGGGAGGCAUUCUAUGGCAAACGGGCCGAAGAACACGCCUAUCGACGGCGCGAACAGGCAGCUAGCUGUGGGGCGAAAGCGAGGAAACCGGGGGAGGGCGCCAGUACUUUGGAGGGAGAAACUGCCGCCCCGUGGCAUUUAGUUUCAAACGCUGCGAAAUACUUACUUAUUCAUGCUUAUUCACAAUCAGGAUUGGGUAUGUUCUUGGUGUGAAUACUAUUGACUUGAACAAAAUAUUGAGUUUUUAUUAUGAGAAUAAGAAAUUGCCUCAUUUUUAGUUAAAAGCAUAACUACUUUCUGGCUAUAAUCUUUCUCUUUUUUUGGCUGAAACUGUAAAAGCUUGAGCAAGAGCCGGCGUAGUGUGCUUUUCCGCAAGUACUCGGAUUACUGUAACAUUUCUCAUCAUUUUCAGACGGCUGCCGUUUCCCGGGACGAUCGUGGAAAGUCGCAGUCUUACGACCCGCACGAUGCCAGCAGGUGAAUGCAUUUUUCUUUAUUAUCCCAUCGUUAUCUCCCAAUCACUUUCACUCAUCGCUUUUUCCUUCAUUCUGGCCCGCCCGUAUCAUUUUGAGUGAUUGAUGAACGAGCGGGACUAUCGGAUGAAAUGCGCGGUGCAUCGUUUGUUCACAACCAAAACAUCACACGAACAUAAUCCGAUUUGAACGGAGAAAACAAGAGCAGUCCGUCAGUGGCUCCCGGGCGGAGAGGACACAAAAGUCCAGCGAACGCAAAGAAAAUCCCGUCUUUUUCAUUCCUUUCUUCUAUUCCCAGACUUCCUGUCGGAGAAAUGAGAUACAUUUAUAGGUCACUAAACAUCUGAAAAUAAAGAUUCCAGAAGAAUUUGAGCAUUGAUUUUUCAGGCCGUCUUACGACAGAAGCUACAUAACUACGUCCAAUGCCAGCCCGAGUUAUACUCGUAAAUUUGAACAAGAGGUACGUUUACUGAACAAUUAAAGGAAUACGAGAAGACCUAGUUAUUGUUUAAAGCUAUUCCGAGGUCUCCCACUCACCAGAAUAUAGGUAUCAUUCCGUUGUGAUUGUGGUUGUCACCUUUUCUAUCUUUUUCUGUUUUCCUGACUAUUAGUUUCACAAAUCUAUAACUUUUCAGCAACCAACUCUGAACUCUUGGGCCAACGAACGCAAAUUCGAAGUCUACAAAACACGAGCGGAACGGGAUGCUGAAAGGAAUACAUAUCAUCCAACCCCGUCAGUUCUAAUCAAGUGAAUGUGUUAAUUGUGAUGUGAUUACAGAAGUACCGGUGCCAGUUCCUACCGCCCUUCGUCAUACUACACAUCAGCCAGUGACAGACCAGUCACUGGACUGAGACGGCCGGAAGAGAGUUACACUUCGACGGCGUACGGAAGAUACGAUGGAAGAUCCAGUGAGUUCUUCAGUGGUUUUCUCGGUCUCACCGUUUUGCUUUCAGCCACGCCAAGCAAUGAUCACUACUCGAUCUCAUCUGCUCUGGCAGACAAUCAGGCCUCCAGCAUGGCCAACCGUUUCCGUCCGACCGCCCGUCGAGUCGCUUCCGCAAUGACUGAUGCGGACCGCAGGAACUACCACAGAUCGAGGUCUAUGGACAGAAACAAGAUCGAUUACGAGUAUGGAACCAACCUUCUCACGAGACUGACAACCCCAGACACUCAUGGAGCUGCUGAUUACUCGUAUGUGAACUACCACGACAGUUCGAACGGAAGAUCCAAUGUGACGUUCGAAAAAGACGGACAACCGAGGAGCAUUCUGAAGAACAAGCAGGUAUUGGAAACGAAGGGAUUGUGAGAUCUUGUUCUUCAUUUUCAGAGUGCUGACAUCGAGCCACGUGGCGAGACGUCUUCCUACGAACCGAGCAGCGGAGUCCGAUCGGUAAGUGAUCUCGGUCCCCUUCCCUUCGUUCUCUUUUCUCUUCUCACUCUGAAAUUCCCCACUUCCCCCGAUAUUUCCCUUUUGUUUCGCAUGAAUCUCUCAACUUCUAAGCAUGCGUUCCGUUCUACAGGUAUUCGAACGUCUCCGUCGUCAUCUGUCCCUCGAGAAAAGUGUAUCGCCGCAAAGACAGGUGAGCGGGAAUCUUUGGAGAGAAUCUGGGAACUUUUCCUCUUACUCUUAUUCUUUUUCACAAUAAUUUUUUGUUAGGAUACCUCAUUUUAUGGAAGACAGCUUCGGGUGAGUGUCUACAAGGGGAUGGUGUUGGGGAGAAGCUGUGCAAUUAAAUUCUAAUCAGAAGACUCUAGCGGAGAACUGUUUGUCUAACAGUUCAGUGUGACUCUCUUUGACUCCCUCUCUCUCUCUCUCUCCGCAUCCAUUACCACUGUGUGAUGUACCUCUCCCAUUGCAAUCCGUUGUCUUCUACUCACAGUAACAGUACACAAACAUUCCUAAUACUUUGUAUUCUUUCUCGUCCUUCGGCCUAAUCUCGUUUUCCCCUUCUUCCAGGUUACAUCUGUCGGGCCGCACACUCGAAACAUCGACUCGACGUCGGCUGCUCUGGACAAUCCGAAAAAGAAAAGAUCGUUGCUCUCGUUCAACCGACGGAAAACGAGUGAAGUCCGGAUGGGAGCCGACGGGAAACUGAUCACGAACGGAUACGACGAUUCGCCGAGCAGCAGAGACUUCAAGAGACCGAGUUCUCCGAUCGACAGGAUCAAGUCUCUGUUCCGGAAGAACGAUUCCCCGGCCACCGGACACUCGGACUACUACAACUCUUCGAGGUAGAUGUGCACAAUCCACCACAGUCACUCAUCACACUGUUUCAGAGCUUACACGUCAUCCAACCCAACAUCAGUGACGAGGGAACCGUACGUUGCACAGUACAGAAAGUACCCGGGUAAGUUCCUUCCGAUCUGCUCCCUCAGAAGUCAUUCUUCUUCAGGAUCGUCUUCUCGUGAUGCCACCACCGCCCUCAAUCGCUAUUCUUACACGCCUGGUCUGAGUGAUCAACGUCGUCAUUGGUACGAUGAUCCGAAUAUUUAUUAG